UAUUAGUGGCAGUAAUGGUGGUGGAGGGAAGAAAAUUUUAGUGGUAAAAGAGGAGUGCAGUAAAAUGGGUUAGUGGUGAUGAGGUGACAUGCCACGUGACAUUCACCUUAUCAAAUGUUAGUGUCACAUAGAAUUAGAUGUCCACCUUAGUCAACUUUUACGGUAGAGGAGUAUAUUUGUGCCCAAAGUAUAACAAUAAGGGGUUGUUUGGUUCAAAAACAAAUUACGGUGGGAUAAGUUAUGCUGAGAUUAAUUAUGUUGGGACAAAUUAUGUUGGGAUUAGUUAUUCUGGAGUUAUGUUUUAUUAGUUGUUUGGUAUGUUGAACUAAAAGUAUUAUACAUUGGAUAAUUUCUAAAAAGACAAGGCUUCUUCCUUAUCCCGAGAUAACUUAUCCUGGGAUAAUUUAUUCCACCCUGUGACAGGUAUAAGUUAUUCUAGCACUAUUUUUAGUUCUGAGAUAACUUAUCCCAUGAUUACUAACCAAAUAAGGGAUAAGAAAUUGCUAAAUUGCUAAUGGCUAAAUUCUUAUUCCAAGACUAUUUAUGUUUACCGAACGACCCCUAAAGAUAUAUUUGGAUCAAAGUAUAUUUAGACCAAAAUAUAACACAGGAUAUAUUUGACCCUUUUCCAAUAGUCCAGAAUAUAUUUGGCCUUUUUCCCUAAAGUAAAAUAGAGUGAAAUAAACCCUUUGUAUCGUUAUGCUUGUUGGUGUUUUGAGUUCCUUCUCCACUCGCCCAGGCUCCUUUUCUUUUGGGUUUUGAGAAUGAGCACUAUUACUGCUAGUGCAUUAGUUGCGGAGAAAGUGUGGAAAGAUAUCCAAUCAACUCAUUCAGUGAGCAAUGAGCAACUCUCCAUAUUGCAUUUGUUGUUUGGGAAAAAUUUGGAGCGAGCAACGAGAAUAGUUGAUCAAAGAGGUGUCAAGAGGAUGUUGGGUGAGCCCAGUGGCCGUUCCAUCUUUCAGGUUGUAGGAGAGUCAAAGAGGAAGGAGGAAUAUUUAUGCUUUGCCUCAGAUUAUUGUGGUUGUUAUUCCUUCUUCUAUGACAUUGUAAACAGAGGGGAGCAGCUUUGUUGUAAGCAUCAAUUAGCUGCGAGACUUUCUUCUUCCUUGGGAACAUGUAUUGAUGUUAACAUGUCUGACCAUGACCUUGCUCUCAUCCUCUCCCAACUUUGAAUCUCCUUCCAGGUUGAAGCAGCAUCUUGUCCUACCAGAAAUCCAACGAUCAUAUGCUUUUAUAGAUCUCAAUGAUGAAGAUUUGGACUUUGGAACUACUGCUUUGUUGUUUAGAGGACUUAUUCUUUGGGAACUUACAACAAAGUAAUCAUAUUAAACCUAAUUCUCUGCAUUGCACCUGGUGUACUUUAACUAUGUUGCCAAAGGGGGAUCGGUAUCUGAUCUCAUUUGUUUGGUUGAUGUACGUAGUAAAGAAAACAUCUGGUGAUAUCAUUGUUUCAGAAACAUCUAAAGCUGUAAUAGUUCAGAAAAUUAUUCUUGUUCUAGUAUACUUAAAUAUUAUCAGAUGAGGAAACCACUUAGUACUGCUUUCAAAGAAAAGAGUACCAGAUACAAUCAUAUGUUUCAGUAA